CACGGCCUUUUAAAUUUUACACUCUUCAAAGCUAAAAGAAUAGUAUCAAGUUUUCACACGUCUUUGAUGAGCUCAUACUUGUCAUCUUUACGUUUUUCAAUUAUCUCCGUCAAACCCUAACAACUUCUAUUCCGUCCCCUUAUCUUUAAUCUCAAAUUACGAAUCCGCAAGUUUUAGUCAUUUGUGGGUCCUAAUUUGCAAAUUUUACUAUUUGGGAGCAUCUCCGCGGUUGAAAACGGUUCAAUUUGAGCUCAUGAGCUAAAGCUGAGUUCUAGAAGCGUCGCUGUUCCUGGUAACUUUCUGGAAUCUUCUAUUGAUAGUUGGUAAAACCUGAGAUAUACUGUUACUUAUGGAAUCUAAAUUACUACUUAUGAAUUUGAUGAGUAAUCUAGGUCAGGCGAACAACGUGAUUGUUUAAGUUGUUCUAGAUGCUUGUUACAGUUGUACUACCGUUUGAUAUACCGCUUUCUUAUAGAGUGAAAUUUUAAGGGCUAAUUUGAAUAUCCAGAAGAAAAUUUAUUUUGGUGAAGUUUUGGAAAUGAUGUCUGUGGAGAGAUCAUUUGAAGCAUGGGAAGAGGUGCAAAGACAUGGGCAAGACUUAGCUGAUAAGCUUGCGCAAGGAGUCACUGGUUUGAUUCAGUCGCAUAUUAGUCCUCCAUCGUUUUCGUGGCCUGAUCCACAAAGUUCCAAGCUUUUUGAUGUAGAGUUGAUUAGUCAAAGUUUCAUUCCGAGGGAUUUUGGGAUAGCUGUGGAUAACACUGCAAUUUCAGGGGUUUCCGCGAUUUUUGAUAUUGGGAACAGAUUAGGGCAGGCUACCAAGCUUUUUGAUGUCGAGUUGCCAAGUCAGAAUUUCAUUCCAAGGGAUUUUGGGAUCGGUGUUGAUAAUUCAGCGAUUACAGGGGUUUCAUCAAUUUUUGAUAUUGGGAACAGAAUAGGACAAGCUGGAGCAGACUUCGGGGCUUGCUUGAAUGGAAUGGUUCAGCAGUUUGUCAGGAAGUUGCCAGUGCCUUUUCGGCAAGACGAGAAAUUAGGGGUAUCUAUGAUGGCGGGGACGGAUAGCCAUAGAGCUGAUCUGGGUAUUACAUUGCAGGAGGAUUUGGGGUCGUUGGCCGAAAGAUUUAGGGGAUAUGGGAAUGCUGAAAAGGAUUCAGCUGAUGAUAGGCCAGGCGAAGAAGAGUUUUUUGGUGUUAAUUUGAAGGCAUUCAAAAAUUUUGGCAGAUCACAGGGUACGAUCAAUGUUUCAUCAACAUAUGAAAGUAGGACCAGAAAUGUAGAAAGUUCUGUGGUUGCCAGAGGAGAUUUAUGGAGAGUUGAGGCAUCACAGGGCAGUUCCACAUCAGGAAAUGAAAAUUCUUCCCUGUUCCUUGUCCAGCUUGGACCAGUGCUUUUUGUCCGUGAUUCGACAUUACUUCUGCCAGUUCACUUGUCUAAGCAACACCUUCUUUGGUAUGGCUAUGAUAGGAAGCGUGGGAUGCAUUCUCUUUGUCCAGCUGUGUGGUCAAAGCAUCGAAGGUGGCUGCUUAUGUCAAUGAUCUGUCUUAAUCCUUUGGCCUGUUCGUUUAUGGACUUGCAAUUUCCAAAUGGUCAAAUAACUUAUGUGGCUGGGGAGGGCGUUUCCACCAGUGCCUUUUUACCUCUAUGUGGAGGUCUGCUCCAAGCCCAGGGUCAAUACCCAGGGGAGCUCAAGUUCAGUUUCUCUUGCAAGAAUGAAUAUGGAACGUGCAUUAUGCCAAUGAUGCAUUUGCCUGACAAAUCAUUUAGCUUUGGGGUCACCCAGGCUUUAGCUUGGAAGAGAUCUGGUCUCAUGUAUAGGCCAACCAUUCAAUUAAGUGUAUGCCCGACAUUUGGUGGGAGCAGCCCUGGUUUGCAGGCAGAAAUCACACAUUCUCUAAAGGAGGAAUUAAGUGUCAUCUGUGGUUGCACAGUUGCAAGACAUUCUUCUGCCUAUGCAUCGUUAGCUCUUGGGCGAUCAAAGUGGAAUGGAAAUGUUGGGAGUUCAGGGUUGGUUUUCAAGGUUGAAACCCCUCUUGGCAACACUGGCCGUUCUUCUUUCUCCGUUCAGUUGAACAGCGGGAUCGAGUUCUAAUCCUUUCCAUGCACCAAUAGAUCCCCCCUCCUGCGGAAAAGUCGCAUAAUACUGCAAUCAACUGUAAAUAGCUUAUACCCUUCAGUAUGGCAAUGAAGGAUUGUUCUGUGUAUAGUUCCUUUAAAGCUUAGGUCUCUUUGGUGAUGUUAUUAUGCUUUAAUGGCCAAAAAGGGGAAUUUGAUCGUUAAUAACAUAGUAUUUCCGGUGUCUGUCUUUUAUUUUUUUUUCAAAUUUUGCUCGUCGUACCAAUUUUGUGCAAGGAGGGGCGUGGUAGAAAUUGGAUCCUUUAUGUUACAAUUUAACUGGUUGA